UUCAGUCUUGGCGCGUAUCUGUACAUUGCGAGCCUGCUGCAGGAGCCUCUCCGCUGACAACAGAGCUACUUCACCGCAAAAGAUACCCGUAGAAGUCACGAGGAGAACAUGUCUGACUGGACCAGAGGCAGACGGCGAGAUGCUAAUAACGAAAUUGAAAAUAGAAGCUAUGGCCCUUCGCGGUGGUCCAACUGCAGGAAACGGUGCAUCGACGGAAGCCUGCGGGCCGACGGAGAGGUUGACGGUGGUGGCAGCAGAGACAACAACCGGCACGCGGACGGCAGCUCCAAGAACUCUGAAAAGAGACCUGAAAGCUUCACCACUCCAGAGAGUACAGGCCCGGUGUCCCGCUGUAGUCGACAGGCUGACUGGGGCAGCCAGGUGGAGGAGGAUGAGAUGAAGAAGGGUGUACACCGAGACAUGCAGCGUUACAGGAGGAGGAUACUGGGCGCAGAGGUCACCCAGAGGGAGAGGAAGACCUCUUCUGGCUCUUCAGGGAGCUGUGACUCAAAAGAGGGAGACCACAUGGAGACUGAUGAGGCUGUGUUGCUACGGCGACAGAAACAGAUCAACUAUGGCAAAAACACACUGGCCUAUGAUCGAUACAUCAACGAAGUCCCAAAACACAUACGUCAGUCGGGUGUUCACCCGAAGACUCCCAAUAAGUUCAGGAAGUACAGCCGCCGCUCCUGGGACCAGCAGAUCAAGCUGUGGAAGGUCAAACUGCACGCCUGGGACCCCCCAGCAGAGGACGGCCAAGACAAUGUCCUGGACAACAUUGAGGAGCUGGGUCUUGGUGAUGUAAUGGAUAUUGAGCUGGAUUUCCCAAACUUGCCAGACUCCCAGAAUUCCCCAAUCCCACACAGCCUUUCUCUGGAUAGUGAAGACUGUUCGGGAACUCCAGUUAAAGUACAGAAGACCGAAAGCAAAGUAGAGCCUGAGAUGAGCUCAUCAUAGAAAAGAAAAUACAACACGUCCACACGCUCAAAUGGUUCAGCCGCUCCCCCCCCGACUCUCUCACUUCCCACAGCCCAUGCAAGCAAUGCUGCAUCUGUACAGCACCACGGUGCUGUGUCGGUCUCAGUUUGUCGUCAUUGGUUCAACACUGUGACAUAGAUUUUGUGUUCUGUCUACAUUUAUACUAGUGCUUCUUAAUCCAUAAAAGGUGACAUUUUACAGACUACUAUUCUGCUCAGGGAGUCUUAUUUUUUACAGUUGCAUGUUGAAUCAAGCGGUGGUCGGCUGAAAUUAUUUAGGAUUUAAUGUUCACUUGUAGCACUGAUCAGUGGCCGACAUCCAGCUCUGUUGUCCAUUAUGUACAGAUGUUAAAUCACAUCCUGCUUAAACUUGCUAGAUGGAAUGCAAGGAUAUGUAGAAAGUGACUCAAAAGGUUCUGUCACAUGUUUCAUGUUUAUAGGAGAUGGGCAAACCAAAGGCAAAGAACGUUCCUUUUAAUAACUCAUACUGACAUGAUUGUCCCCCCCCCAAGUAUGUACAAUUUUAAAUACAGAGAAGCAUUACUUUAGUUAUAUUGGGCUGUGAUUUGUUUUUAUAUCUGUUGUUUUUUUAAUGCAAAUGUUGCUGUGUUUAUUGACGUUUCCUUCAUGGUGAAGACUUUCAAAUAAUAAAUAAAUAAACUUAAAAUGU